CACUUUUUGCUCACGUGCCUGGCAACUCUCAUUUGCACUGUCCCCUCCCAGCCAUUGUGAAAGCAGCAGGACCAAGCCUGGGACCAAUUGGGAGUUCAAAGUGCCACCUUUGUUUGGGGCUGGUCCUUAUGGAAGGGCAGGAUUGGGUGGGAGUAUUUAGGAGGUUAUUAAAGGCAGUGCCAGGCAGCAGGUCAGAGACAGGGGCUCGGACACAGCGAGGAUCUUAGAGCUGUUUCAAGAUGGCCAAGACCUGGGCAAUUUUGCUGCUACCUGCUCUCUUCUACCAAGCCUUUUCCUUGCAAUGCAACACAUGUCACGGUGAGUACGAUUGCUUAGGAGAGAACAUGACAUGCGAAGAUCCUUCGGCCAGCUGCUCAACAUCUGUCCGAAAGGCUUAUGUUGGCUUCCUGGAAUUCCAGUCAGUGAGGAAAGGAUGUGCCCGUCAGCUGUUCCCCCACGAAUCAAUCUCCCUCAACUCUCAUCUCAUGUCUCUUUCGUACCAGGCACGCUACUGUGCUGAGGAUGGCUGUAACAAUGAGACCUACUUUGUCUCCCAUCCAAUCCCUGUCAAUCACAUGCGCUGCCACAGCUGUGCCACCCAAGGAGCCUGGUGCCCCGAAGCUUCUCGCACUCAGAUCAGCUGUGCUGGGGAUCAGGACCAGUGUUUGGAUCUUGCCGUCACCGGAAAACUGGGUCAGUAUGACAACAUGAAAAUGAAGGGCUGCACCAACCUCCCACGGUGCCAGGAGACCUUGAGCUUCCACUCUGCAGACCGUACCAUCCAUGCCAGCUGCUGCUCAACAGCCCUCUGCAAUACCUUCAACCCAGAUCUUCAUGUCCAAAGCCAGGCAACGAACGGGCUAGAAUGCUAUAGCUGUGUGGAUGACAACGGCUCUGGGUCUGGGUGCUCCAAAAAAUCAAUCUCCAAGGUGCAAUGCACAGGCAUCCACAACAUGUGCUUGGAGGGGAUUGGCAACAGCCGUAAAGCUGGUAGGGAUUUGGGCCUAGUGACCUUCAAAGGCUGUGCCUCCCCAGCCAUGUGCCAGAGCUCUCUCCUGGCUUUGGUGCAAGAGCUGGACAACGCCGACGUCAUGUGUUGCCAAGGCAGCCUCUGCAAUGACCGCAUCGUGGACGGCGUGGUGACCCAGCCCAUAGUCCCUGCGGACAGUGCUGACACCACGACGGUGGCAGAGUGCGCCACCCCCACACCGUCUGGCACCGCAGCAAAUCCUGACUGCAUCUACGAUGACGAGGAUGAAGACAGCGUCGCAGUUGCCCACGUCCCCGCUGGUGCAGACCUGUCUCCCGGGAGCCACGCCGAUAAUGAGACGGCCUACAAGGUCAAUGAGAAGGAAGGGAGUGAGUCUUUGGUCAAUGAAGGCGACCGUGACAACUCAACAACUGCGGGCGAACAUGUCGUCAAUGAGAAUAUCGUUGGCGGUCACACAGAGGGCCACACUGUCUCCCCCGCGGGCACCACAGACUCUGAGGACAUGGCAGUGGGCGGUUCCUCAGCUGCCACAAACUUGGACGAGAGCAAUGCCGGCACCAACGCCACCUCUUCUGGCAAUCAUGGCAGCGUUGUUGUGCUGGUGCCCGUCGUGGUCCCCAAGAAGAAUGCCACUUCUGCCACUGCUACCACCACCACCUCCUCUUCCUCCUCAGAAACAAGCGCUGGCAACAUGGUCGUGGCAGCUUCCAGCAAUGACGAUGACGAGUAUGAAGAAUGUGAGGCUGAAGAAGAGGCCGUCAGCACUGGGGAGCAGUUCAUGGCUGCUAAGGAGGCAAACCGUGAAGGUUCGGCCACCACCCACCCUUCAGGGGUGUUCUAUGAAAGCGAAACCCGGCCCCAUGGGCAUGGAUAUGCUCACUCUCCUGCUGCUGGUACCACAGGAAGCAGCAAUGUGGACCACACUGGCCACACAACUAGCAGCGAAAAUCACGGAGCUGCCAGUGGCGAGUAUGUCAGCGUUGACGGUAGCACUCCCCAGCCAGGCCACGCCACCAGUGGCUCCACCGUGGGAGGAAAGGUGGAGGCAGGUGCCCCCGUUGUGAUCACCGCCAACGCACCAGCCGCCACCAGCAGUCCUGCCGGAGCAGUCCUCGUUUCUGGAGCGGCAGCUGGCACUCCACGCCCCAAGAAGAAGAUCCCAUGCAAGCGGCCCAGGCCCCAAAGCCAACCUGGCGUGAACCUGGCAGCCGCACCUGGAGCUGGGAGUCGAGGCGUGGAGGACACUGCCAGAAAGAACCCCGAAUCCUCGUUGUUCAGCGAUGCUAAGCUGCCGGAGCUCAAGGGAGGGGGGAAAGGCACCCUUGAAAAUGGGGCUUUGGGCCUUGUCUCCAACUUGGGCCUCUUCUGUUUCACUCUCCUGUUGGCGGCCCUGUUGCAUUGAACCCACAGAGACUGGGAUUGGGGUUAGGCCUGUUGAUUUGUUUUAGACAGUGCUUUUUUCAAAAAAAAAAAAUAUUUCAGGGUACUCUCAUUUUGACUCAAGAAAACCACCAUUUAAUAGUUCAAAUAGGGGGAAAUAAAUACAGUAAAUGGACAAAAGUACAAAGAACAUGCAUUACCUCAUAUCACACAGCUGUCAGCUCACAGUAACUUCCACACUGGCAUGAGGUUCCGUCUGAGACUCAGGAAACACCGGGAACAGAAAUGAAGCUGCCAUCGGAGGUGGGAACAACGAAACUGACCAAUCACCGUGCUAGAUUCCAACUCCUACUUCACACAUUAAACGCUCGCUUCCGUCUGAGACUCAGGAAACACCGUGACAGGAAACGAGGCCGCCAUUGGGGGUAGCAAUGGAACUGAUGAUUCACUGUGCUAGAGAAGAAACUAAAAAAUUCUAAAAAAAAUUAGUUUCUUCUUCCGUUAGAUUCACACAAUGUUUAGGGGUACGUGUACCCCUGUGUCCCCCCACCCCCCCCAAGAAAAAAGCACUGACUUUAGAACCGAGGAGUAUGGAUUCCCACCCCUUGAUCUGGUGCCAUUUCCUUUUGUAAAAGAACAUUUGAACCCACACAGGGUUUAAAGAAGUGUAAUCCAGAAUAAAAUUUGGAAUGCUUGGGUUUUGCAUGAAAGUAUGCAUGGAUGUGUGAGAGAAUAUGUACAAAUGAAUAAAACAAAUGGCAUCUUGCUCCCUCCUGGUAGGAAUAAUGGGAUGAGGCUCCGUGUGUUUCAUAUACCCUACGAGACCCUUAGCCGAAAGAAGAGUCUUGCUUAUAUUCAGGCUGAGCUGGGAACUCCUCCUGGACUGAUUAGGGAGGUGGGGGUGCCAUAUUAACACUUAGUUAGAGAAGUAUAUAUUUUGCAUAACCGACAGGAUACACAAGCAGAGCAGUUAACCCUUAACAUAUCGGUAGGUUUGUUUGUUUUCAUAUGCUGCUAGUAAAUUAAGGUUAAAUAAAUUGGAGUUCUAAUUGUAGAUACACCGAAAAGAAGGUUGUUGUUUUUUUACACCAAGAACUCUGGCCAGAAAUUUCAAUAUUAGGAAUAAAUCCUAUUCGCGAGUUACAGCCAAAUAAGGUAUGUAAUCUGGUAAGACUAACAGUCCUGAACAGAACAAAUGAAUACAAACAAGAAAUGAGCUUCAAGUUCACUAGAGUAUAUGUAAAUUAAGGGCUUGUGAGGUUUGUACAGUUCACUCAGCUGUGACAAUAAUGUGCAGCUAUGGGCAACUGCAAGCACACAUUGACACACACGGUAUUUAUUAGGAAAUCUACAAUGGGAUGUUUAUUUUUUACAAUUACAUAUAUAUAUUCCAGAUACACAGAGCAAAGCUCAGUAGGUCACAAGCUACACUCAGGGCUCCUCCAAGCUCAGGAAGGUGACACUGAGCUCCAGGGUCAAUUCAGCCCCAUCUAGGCAUUGCAAAGGCUAAUUGCAAAAUACAGCAAAUGGAGAGGAGCAUCCAUAUUCCACUGGGGGGCGGGCUUUAAAAUGAUUUUUUUAUUCUGCAUUCAUGAUGACUUGUGCUCAGGAUACUACCAGGGCAGUCUGACAUGAUCUUGCUUUCAGUACCGUUUGUGCAUGCAAAAGUUCAAGGGCGAUCAAACGGCUUCCUUUCUAAUCUGUGCAUAUCCUGUAACUACCCAGUGAAACCCCUUAACUAUUUAUAUCACCAAUGUUCUGGUUUAUUUUUGUACCACUUUUUGUUGCACUGUGGUCCCUCCGGGGGGCAAUCAUGUGGUAGAAUUGGGGAAGCAUCGCAAAACGUCUAAUAAAGCAGAAUGAACCCAC